AUGGACACUACUAAAUUGGGUUAACUAAAUAUUAUUUCUUAAAUAUUGGUUUUAAUUAUACCAGUGAAUUUAUCGAAGUGUAAUUAUUAAAAUAAUGGUAUGAUAUAAUUAUUAAUAUAUCUAAAGGAAAAGAAUGUGAAGUUCCGAAAUAAUUAUUAGAAAAUGUAAUGAUGAAUCAAUGUAUUUGCGUUAUAGGGUGGCGCAAUUGUUUGAGUUCCACCGAAAUCUUGUAAAAGAUGAAACUUCAGUUUGCAAGAAUUUCAUACCCAUUAAUAAUGAAAAGGAAAAACAAGACACUGAAGCAGGAUUGAAAAAUUUGCAUGGAAUUCUAGAGGUUCAAAGAGUAGACAGAAGGUCUGCAAGGCUGAAAGGUAACUGGAAACCAGAAACGAAGUUAACAUUAGUAACAAAACCAAAAGGAUGUUUUUUAAGAAAACUUGGUUUUCAAAAUAAAACUGGUUAUUAUUUAUACCCUGAAGAAGCAAUUUAUCUAAUAGAAACAAACCGCUUGGAAGUAUUGUGGAAAACCAUAACAAUGAGUAUACAACAAGCUUAUAGUGUUUUGCUACCAAUAAUGGGUAUAGACAAAUAUCUGACGUAUAGGAAAUUAAUUUCAAAUGGAUUUAAAAUCACAAUUCAGCCUAAAGAACUGAAGAGGACUUUACCACUUGAAAAUGAAGAAUUAAAAACAAAAAAGAUUUGCCAAAGAUCUCAAGAAUUUUGUGGCAAUACAUCAUGUGAAAGCAAUGUUCUGAUAUCUGAUUACGCUGAUAAUAGAUUUAGAGACAUAUUUGCCAAUUUAAGAAUGAGGGGGCCAAAAAAAUGGACACCAACAGUUAAAACUGAUGAUGUUGCUUAUACUGCAAAGUUAUCAGACAAUUUAAAAAUCAAGGCUGAAUCUUACAAAGUUUUUGUUUGGUAAGUUCAUAAAUUUUAAAAUU